AUGUCCCGUGAGUGUUUCUUCGUAGUUUUGGACCUUGUUAAGGACGACAUUACAAAAAGAAGCACUAACUCUAGAGAACCUGUACUUUGCAACUGGAUAUUCAAAGCACUGUCGUACUACUUCGUUAAAGGACACUCGACUAUAUCGAUGGUGGUGCACCAAACUUCUAAGGCUAUAUGGAAAAACCUGCAACCUGUCUACAUGCCAAAACCAACAGCCGAAAAAUGGAAGCAAGUUUCAGAUCGUAUGUUAUCACUGUGGAAUAUGCCUAAUUGUAUUGGCAGUAUAGACGUGUCAGAUGCAGAUGGCAUGUUGCUGGUAAUAGAUGUGGGGGAUUAUGGACGGAACAGUGAUGGCCAUGUAAUGGCAAACAGUAGUUUUUGCAGGGCUUUUAAGAAAGGAAAUCUAGAUUUACCAGAGCCUAGUCCUAUUGCAGGAGACAACCAACCAAUUCCGUAUUACUUUAUAACUGAUGAGGCAUUCCCAAUGUCAAAAAACCUGCUCAAGCCUUAUUCCAAGAAAGCAUUGACUACUAACAGUCGCAGGAUUUUUAACAGCAGAUUGUCGAGAUCGAGGAAACCUGUUGAAUGCUCUUUCGGCAUGCUUUCUUCCAAGUUUGGAGUACUUAAUACACUAAUAACAUGUACCCCUGAUAAUGUGGAUAUUUUUGUACAAGCAAUGUGUGUUUUGCAUAACGCCAUAAGGGAAUGUGAUGAUACAUUCACAAAGCCACAGUACGAGAAUGUGAUUGACAGCGAUUCCAUCGUUCUGUUGCCACGACUGCCGCUAACAACAGGGAAACUUAUGAGAGAUUACCUAAGUACCUACUUCACAGAAUGUGCCCCAAUUCCACACCAGGAUAGGAGAGACGCGGAAGGGACAUAUGUCCAUGCCACGUCUCCGCCCAACGUCUGUUCAGUGUGA